UGGACAUUCCAUUUGUUAUCUACGCACGGUAAUCAUUUUAGGUUAUUACAUAAUUUACUGUGUGAUCCUUUUUCCAUCGCCCAAGUGCUACGAUUAAUAAAAAUGUUAGGGGCUGUAAGCAGGGUUGGAAACGGCUUGUUAGCCGUUAAAACGGUAGCCGAAAAAACCCUGACAGAAUGCAGUAAAAUUGCCGCAGUAUCAAUUGGAAACAAGAGAGAUUACGCGGCGAAAGCAUCCGCUAAAGGACAAGGUAAGGUGGUUGCCGUAAUCGGUGCCGUAGUGGAUGUUCAAUUCGAGGAUAACCUUCCACCAAUCCUUAAUGCCCUCGAAGUGCAAAACCGGUCCCCCAGACUGGUGUUGGAAGUUGCGCAGCACUUGGGUGAGAACACCGUCCGCACCAUCGCCAUGGACGGUACUGAAGGUCUUGUUCGUGGACAACCAGUUCUUGACUCUGGUUCGCCCAUUCGUAUUCCUGUUGGAGCUGAGACCCUCGGCCGCAUCAUCAAUGUAAUUGGUGAGCCCAUUGAUGAGCGUGGCCCUAUUCCUACUGAUAAAACUGCUGCGAUCCAUGCUGAAGCUCCUGAGUUUGUGGACAUGUCUGUGCAACAAGAAAUCCUGGUAACCGGUAUUAAGGUUGUAGAUCUUCUUGCUCCGUACGCCAAGGGAGGAAAAAUUGGUUUAUUCGGUGGAGCUGGUGUCGGCAAGACUGUACUCAUCAUGGAACUGAUCAACAAUGUUGCUAAGGCCCAUGGUGGUUACUCUGUGUUCGCUGGUGUAGGUGAACGUACACGUGAAGGUAAUGACUUGUACCAUGAAAUGAUUGAGUCUGGUGUCAUCUCUUUGAAAGACAAGACUUCGAAGGUAGCUCUUGUAUAUGGUCAGAUGAAUGAGCCCCCUGGCGCUCGUGCCCGUGUCGCCCUGACUGGACUUACCGUUGCUGAAUACUUCCGUGACCAGGAGGGUCAAGAUGUGCUGCUCUUCAUUGACAACAUUUUCCGUUUCACUCAAGCCGGUUCUGAAGUGUCUGCUCUGCUGGGUCGUAUUCCAUCUGCUGUGGGUUACCAACCAACCUUGGCUACUGACAUGGGUACUAUGCAGGAACGUAUUACCACCACAAAGAAGGGUUCCAUCACCUCUGUGCAAGCUAUCUAUGUGCCUGCUGAUGACUUGACUGACCCUGCCCCUGCCACUACUUUUGCUCACUUGGACGCCACCACUGUGUUGUCCCGAGCUAUUGCUGAGCUUGGUAUCUACCCGGCUGUGGAUCCCCUUGACUCCACCUCUCGUAUCAUGGACCCCAACAUCAUUGGUGCUGAGCACUACAACGUAGCCCGAGGUGUUCAGAAGAUCCUUCAAGACUACAAGUCACUCCAGGACAUCAUUGCUAUCUUGGGUAUGGAUGAAUUAUCUGAAGAGGACAAGCUGACUGUAGCCCGUGCUCGCAAGAUCCAGAGAUUCCUGUCCCAGCCUUUCCAGGUGGCUGAAGUAUUCACUGGACAUGCCGGUAAACUUGUACCUCUUGAGGAGACCAUUAAGGGAUUCUCUAAGAUCCUGCAGGGAGAGUAUGACCACUUACCUGAAGUAGCAUUCUACAUGGUGGGACCCAUUGAAGAAGUGGUUGCUAAAGCUGAAACUUUGGCAAAGAAUGCUUAAACAUUGCAGAUGUAAAUGAAUGAGAAUGUAACCUUAUUUCUUAAUAAAUUUAGUAAUAU